AUGAUGAGGAUGGCCGGCGUGAACUACUCGACGGCGUCGUACGUCACGCAUGUGAUCAAGGGCCUCACGAGCAGCUACAACCUGCUGAAGCGGCUGUCAGUGGCGCCGAGCACGCGGGCGACGCUCAACGAGGAUUCCCUUACCUCGUACAUCCUGCAGGACGAGGCGAUGCAGGAGGCCGAGAAGUCCACGGAGCUCCUGCUGCAGGCGAACUACGUCGCCCCGGCGAAGCAAGGUAGCCGACCAGGGCAGCGCGGUAAGCCUGGCAGCGGUGGUAGCGGAGGUGGGAAGCCGGCCAAGGACGCUGACAAGGGCAAGUCGGCAAAGGACGGCGGUCGCGGAGGAGGAAGUCGGCGUCGGGAGUGCUGGAUCUGCCGCAGCCCCGACCACCUCUCCUUUGAGUGUCCCGACCGCAGUGAAUCCGAUGACGACGACGCCAAGGGAGGCCGCGGGAGGUCGGCCAGCCGUCGUCCACGUCGAGGAAACCAGCCGCGCAAGGAGAAGCAGUCGACCAAGUCGACCUCGGCGAAGGACGCCGACUCCUCUGCUGGCGGCAAGGGGAGCGGCGACAAGUCGGCGUCAUGCUCCCUGGUCGGCGUCGUGGAGCCGACCGUCUUACUGGCACCGGAGGCCGGUGAGGAUUUUCAGGCGAUGGCAGCAGCGGUGCAGGCGAACCCGGCGGUGGUCCUGCUGGACAGCGGCUGCUCCCACCACCUGAUGGGGACGAAGGAGGUCUUCGUCGACAUGGGGCCGAGCGGCGACGUGAAGCACGUGCGCGGCUUCAACGGGGCGCUGCAGGACGUCAAGGGCCGGGGCACGGUUGCGCUGCAAGGGGAGGCCGGGAAGCGGGUGCUCAUCCCCGACGUGCUGUACGUCCCCGGCGUGCACGCGAACCUGCUGUCAUCCGGCCAGCUGAAGGAGCACGGCGUGAAGCUGAAGGAGGACGGCGACGGCAUGCUGCUCGUCUCGGCGACGGGCGACGUGCUCGGUCGAGCAACGUACUGCGGCCGAGUUCUCUGCACCGACCUGCGUCCCUGCCCAGCGACGCCUGGAGCGGAGGAAGUAGCUCUCCGAGCAAUCGUCUCGGCGACGAAGAUGACGCCGGACAGGCUGCACGCGAGGCUCGCGCACGUCGGUAUGGACACCAUCUUGAGCUCGGCGAAGCACGAGGUAGCCACCGGGCUGGACCUCAAGUCGGCGUCCGGCGCUGCCUCGCCUUGCGUUUCGUGCGUCGGUGGGAAGCUGGCGCGGCACACCUUCCCCGACAAAGGCUCCGACGCCAAGGACGCCCUGGCCGUCGUGCACAUCGACCUGUGCGGGCCAUUUCGUGUGGCUGCCAAGGAUGGCAGCCUGUACUUCUUGCUGCUGAAGGACCGCAAGACCCGCUUCGUGUGGGUGAGGCCGGUCGCCAAGAAGUCGGAUGUGCUGCUGGAGUUCCAGAAGUGGCUGGUGCUGGUGGAGCGGCAGACGAAGAAGUCGGUGUUGCAGCUGCGCUCUGACCGAGGAGGGGAGUUCCUCGGCAAGGAGUUCACCGCCUUCGUGGAUGGCAAGGGGAUCGUCCACGACCUGACCUGCCCUUACACCCCGCAGCAGAACGGCAUGGCGGAGCGGGAGAUGCGAACGGUGGUGGAGUCGGUGCGAACCAUGCUGCUGCACAUGGGCGUGCAGCACCACUGGUGGCACCUCGCUCUGCGGCAGGCCGUCUGGGUCCGCAACUGCCUGGAGCGGUCGGCGACGCCGGGGACGACGCCAUACCAGCUGCUCACCGGGACGAAGCCCGACUUGUCGCUGGCGCGCGUGUGGGGCUGCAUGGCGCAGUUCCUGGUCCCCGAGCAGCAGUGCGGUGGGAAGCUGAAUCCGAAGGCCAAGUGGGGCCUCCACCUCGGCGUGUCGGAGGAGAGCAAGGGCUGGGAGCUCCUCGACAUCGCUGACAACCGGGUGGUCACCACGUCGGACGUGGUGUUCUACGAGACCAUGUCGCUCGAGGUGUGGAAGUCGGAGCAUGGGCCGGUGUCGGGGCGGACGCUGGUGGCCACGCCAACAAAUACCUCGACGGCGACGCUGCCUCUGCUCGCCGAGGUCGGUGAGCUUGCUGAUGAGGACGCCGAGGUCGUCCACCCUUCCUCCCCUUCUCCUUCUCCUCCCCUCGUCGCCGACCUGCGUGGGCUGACUCCGGCGUCGGCCUCCGGCGAUGAGGGGAGCAGUGGGGCGUCGCCUGUGGCGCCGACCAAGAGCAUCGCCGGUGGCCGUCGGGACGUCCCGCAAGUCAGCUUGGAAGCGAAGUCGACAGGAGGGACGCCGGGGAAGCCGCAGGCCGAGCAGCAGGACGCUGAGGACAGUGAAGCCGGCGAAGCUGAAGGGGAGCAGUUUGACGCCGAGCAGAACCCCGAGCAGCCUGCACUGCGGCGUUCGGGACGAAUUCGGAGGCCGCCGGAGCGGCUAACCUACCAUGUCUGCCUCCCACCGGCCGCCUUCACCACGGUGUACGACGUGGAGGAUGACGACGACGUGCUGUACGACGACGCCGACGAGGACGAGGAGUUUCCGGAGCUCGACCCCGACAUGCACGCCGACCCCGAGCACCGCUGGGACAUCGCGACGAUGACGGUGAAGGAGGCGUUGGCGAGCUAG